CAGGGAUCGCCCCCCCCCCACACACACGGAUUGCGGGCACCCGGCCGGGCAGUGCCAGCCCCUGGCGCCGGUUCAAGUGGGGACAAUCUAGCACUGGAGAUAAAGCGGAAGGUGCCAAUGCCGGGGUGAACCAGGGUCAAGGUCUCUGGCCAUGGUUCUCCCGGAGAAUGAGCCCCUGGCGGGGCUGAGCCAGACCUCACGAUGCCCUGUCCUGGUCCCCGCGGGGCAGGACAGGCGGAGGGGGCCAUUUCCAGCCCAGGGCCCCGAGCCGGUCCGGGCCCAGCCGGUGGGUGGUGCCGAUUGUCUCUCCUCCGGCCCCGGGGGAGCCACGAGCGACAGCCCUGAGGAGGACGAGGCCAGCAGCACGGAGAGUGCCCAGAACGGGGACGAGAGCCCCCAGGCGGGCGCGGAGGGGUCCCGGCUGCGGGGGGAGCAGGACGAGGCGCUGGGCCGGGUAGCGGAGCUGGAGAAUUGCAUCAAGGAGCUGCAGCACCAGCAGAAGGAGAUGAACAUGGAGAUGAAGCUGGAGGGGGCGCUGCUGGAGGGGGAGCUGGCGGCCGAGUGGCGGGAGGUUCAGCGCGAGGAGCAGCUGGUCCUGCAGCUGCAGAGGAGGUUCGCGGAGACGGUGCACCGGUGCCACAUCGAGAGAGAGAAGGAGAAGGCUCGGCUGGGGAAGGAGCGGCACAAGGUGGAGGAGCUCCAGAGGCAACACGCCGAGUCCCAGACCCACCUGGAGACCCAGCCCGAGAGCAUGCGGGAGCGGAUGCAGAGCCAGCUGCAGCAGACGUCGGAGAUGCUGGAGGGAGCACUGAAGAGCUACGAGGACCUGGAGUUUCAGCAGCUGGAGCGUGAGAGCCGCUUGGAAGAGGAGAAGGAGGAGGCCUGCCAGGCCUUGGCCCGCCAGGUGGCCCAGGUGCAGGAGAGGCUCAAGGAGAGGAAGAGGAAGGUGCGCAGGCUGGAGGCCCAGGUGCGCUCGGUGCAGGAGCACAUGGCGGGCGAGUGCCGCAAGCUGGCGCAGGAGAAGGGAGAGGCUGUCCAGAGCCUCAACUUGGAGAGGCGUCGGCUGGAGGAGCUGGGCAAAGUCUGUGAAGACGAGAGCAGAGAUGACUCACCCGUCAGUAACCAGGAGCUCACCAAGCUCAUGUUCACCCAAAAGACGGAUCGGAAGGUCGUGGUGCUGGGCUGCGACCAGCGCGACCCGGCCUGCGUGUUCUCCGUCCGCAGCUCCGUCCAGAGCUCCUUCGGGCUGCAGAGAUCGAGGAGCCUGCCUCGAAGACGGGGGGACCGGCUGGUCCCCCGCCCCACCCAGCGCCCCCUCUCGCUCGAAGCCAACG